UCCGCGCGAUACUGAUGCAGCUUAGACGCCUGUAAACCGAAGUGUGUUGAUGCUGUGACAAUGAUGCUGUGAAGGGACCUCCUGCGUCUCCUCCCCUCCCUCCUCCCUCCUUCCUCCUGCUCCCCCGCUCCUCGUUUCCACUCUUCAUUCCGCGUUCAGAAGAGAUGCGAGCGUCCAGCAUCAUGUCCUCAGACGUCCAGCUGCGUGACCAAACGGACAGCAGGGACCCCGCGGGCGCCAGGAGCGACUGAGAGCAGGUGCCAGAAGUCAUACAUCCUCCCAUAGUGAACUGACCAGCUGUACCUGAGUGUGGACACCAUGGAUACAAUAAACUUCACUUUCUGGAACACCUCUGAGGGCAACGAGACCCUGGAGACGGUGGACGAAAGCCCGUAUAAGACCGUGGAGGUGGUGUUCAUUGUACUGGUGGCCGGCUCACUAAGCUUGGUGACAGUUAUCGGGAACAUCUUGGUCAUGCUCUCCAUCAAGGUUAACAGAAGCCUGCAGACUGUCAACAACUACUUCCUGUUCAGUCUGGCCUGUGCUGACCUCAUCAUUGGCCUUUGCUCUAUGAACCUGUACACAGUCUACAUUGUGAUUGGAUACUGGCCGCUAGGCCCGGUCGUGUGCGACUUGUGGUUGGCACUCGACUACGUGGUCAGCAACGCCUCCGUCAUGAACCUGCUAAUCAUCAGCUUUGAUCGAUACUUUUGCGUCACCAAGCCACUCAGCUACCCAGUGAAGAGGACGACCAAAAUGGCCGGGAUGAUGAUUGCGGCGGCUUGGGUUUUGUCCUUCAUCCUCUGGGCUCCAGCUAUCCUGUUCUGGCAGUUUAUCGUUGGCGGGCGCACGGUGCCAGAGAAGGAGUGCUACAUUCAGUUCUUCUCCAACGCAGCGGUCACUUUCGGCACGGCUAUUGCUGCUUUCUACCUGCCCGUCAUUAUCAUGAUGGUGCUGUACUGGCAGAUAUCCCGCGCAAGCAAGAGCCGUGUCAAGAAGGACAACCGCAAACCGUCAGGUGGCAACCUCGAUGUAGCAUCAUCCAAUCAGAUCCGCGCAAACACGGCCAACAAACCCACCAACAACAACCUAACAGCUGAAGAAACAGACAGAGGACAGACCCAGCUAACAGAUGACGCCGCCAACCAACACGAUGCCAAACUCCAGAACGGUAAAGCCCCAUCCACGGCAAGCGGAGAAGCAGAGGCGGAAGAUGGAGGACGAGGAAACUGCGUUCCUGCGGAGGAGAAAGAAAGCUCCAAUGACUCCACCUCUGGCAGCGGAGCUGUAACCAAUCAAAAGGACGAGGCGGCGCCAUCCAAAACCAAUGACAACCAGGCUCCCACGAGGCACCGCGCCAAAGCUGGAGGCUCCAAACUGACAUGCAUCAAGAUCAUGACCGAAUCGCCAAAAGGCGACUGCUGCACACCUUCGAACGCGACGGUGGAGAUCGUCCCGGCCACCGAGAGACAGAACCAUGUAGCGAGGAAGAUCGUGAAGAUGACCAAGCAGCCGCCCAAGAAGAAAAAAGCACCAUCCUCUCGGGAAAAGAAGGUGACGCGCACCAUUAUGGCCAUCCUGGUGGCCUUCGUGGCUACUUGGACGCCAUACAACGUGAUGGUCCUCAUCAACACCUUCUGCUCCAGCUGCAUUCCCAACACGGUGUGGACCAUCGGAUACUGGCUCUGCUACAUCAACAGCACCAUCAACCCCGCUUGCUACGCCCUCUGCAACAUCACCUUCAAAAAGACCUUCAAACACCUGCUGCUCUGCCAGUACAAGAACAUACGCUCGGCCCGAUGAGCAGUAACGUGUGUGCAUGAGUUAUAUUUCACAUGUGUGUUCUGGUCACAAAGGUACAUGUGUGGAUGUGUUUCUAUGUGUGGAAAGAUAAAGUAAACUGAAGAGUUUAUUUGCAAAAACAGAUUACUAAUUUCCUUAAAUCAUGUUUCUAUUGUGUUAUCAUGUUCUUAUUGUGUUUUAGUGUGUGUAUUUUAAGCUAUUAUUAUUUAAUCAAAACAACCCAACUGUAAUUUGAUAUCAAAUGGAAUGCAGAAAAAAAAAGAAAAAAGAAAACAUGAUUUAUUUAUGAAUUAUCUGUUUUUGUAAAUGAACUCUUCAGUUACAAAUUGAAGACUGACCCAUCAACAACCAUCAUGUACAAAGUUUUAAGAAUCCCUCAUCCUUGUAGUUUGGCGAAUUUGACUCUAUUUUAACAUAUUUCACCAUGUUUAAAUCACAGAUUUCCCCUAAAAUAAGGGUGAAAAGUCUGGGCGAGUGUGUGAUUGCAUUUAUUGUUUUUUAUAUAUAUAUAUAAAUAGAAAAUAUGUUGUAGCACUUUACACAUGCAUAGGGGUGAUGCAUGUCAAAAAAAGACAAAAAAAGUGCAAAAAUAUUUGAUUUAUAGACAAAAAUUUUAAAAGUACAAAAAAACAACCCCAAUACGAGCAUAUAGAUGGUCAGAUUGGAGUCUGUACUAUUCAAUAAUACACAUAUAAGGGGACAACAGGGCUGACUGAAGAUCCAAACCAAACGAGUUUGAGCUUCAGUCUUAAAUCACACCUGUAUAUACGUGUAUAUAAUUAUGUACUGUAUCCGUGUUGUGUGUGUGGUUGCAUGCUGGAAGUCUGUAGCAAAAGUCAACAUGAAACCUGUUUACUUCUGUAACCCGAGUGAAAUUCAUCCAUAUAGUGUGAUUUUAUUUAGAUUGCAAAGACCAUUUUAAUUCUGUGCACCAUUGAAUCUUGUAAAAUAAGACCAGAAACAUGCAUUCAGGAAGUAAACAGGCUCAUCUUGACUUUAAAGCUUUAUUAAACACAAGCACGUUCGAUGACAGGACGACAGGUAGCUGGUUGCAGGGCUUGUGUCUGUUUGUCGCAUGUGUGUGCUCUCCGAGAGCAAUAAGAGGGUUGAAGAGGCUCUCCGGUGUGCCCGUAUGUUAAAGUGGAUGAGCUUUGAGUGCUCGGGGUCUCCAGGGAUGCAAAUCUAAACCUUUUAAAGUGAACAGACGCGCAGGAUGAAGAGGCUCUCACAGACACGCAGCCAUUAGCAUCCACCUCACCUCUGCUUUGCAUUUACACAAAACAGUUCACUCACGCUUGGGUAAAAAAAAAAAAAAAAGGAAAAUACCAGCUACGUGAGCGCUAAUUCAGGAGACACUUGAAACCGGCUUGUGAAACUGAAAAAUCCUUAUUAAAAGGUCAAAACGAUUGAUUGCUUUCUGCCUGAUUGUAAAUGACAUGAGGACCAUGCAGAUCCAUGCAAAAGUGCUGCCUGAAGACAUGCGGUGUCCUGAUGACCUGAUCUGAUCUCUAGGUUCAUGAUCCGCCUGCAGGCAACGUGUUUGAAAGCAUGUGUGUGUGUGUGUGUGUGUGUGUGUGAUCACCCCGACAAGGGGUUUAACAUAACUCACAGGUUCUCGCCUUGUGAAUUUAAAGGGCUAAAGUACAUAAGCUUCCUCAUCUCAUUACCAGACGCCAAGUCAACAUUAGUUGUUUUUGAUUCAUUAAAACAGAUUAACAGAAUCCCCGCUCAGAGCAGAGGAUCAUGGGAAAUGUCACUCAAUCGAUGACAGAGCAGCAGCUCAUAAAUUUGACAGUGAUGCAUGCUGGGGGAAUACAGCUCGUGUGCGAUAGAUCAGAAAAUGCAAGCGGCAAUGCACUCAAAACACCACAGCUACUGUAGUAAAAUCAUAGUAAAGUAAGCUGAAUCUCCUUCUAACUGCUCUAGAACAUAUCAUCCAGCAUUUUUCCUUCCUGAAUCACGAUUACAUCUAUGGGACAUUAGAAAUCUCUGGUUAACAUGGUACAUUUCUGCAGGAGGUUGCAGAGAUACUACAAUAUAUAUGAAGAUUAAUCAUCUGAUUCACACAUAGACACAUUCAUUCUCAUCCCAUCUGUUACGGUCGUAUCUCAUAACAUUUUUAAAGUAUGACAUUGAUAUCUUUCCAAAUAAUGCACACAUAUACUGUUAGUAUAGUCUCUCUUUCUUGCGAUUACUUCAUACAUACAGCUUCAUAUAUAACAGCAUCAUGCAUAAUGAUGUUUCGCUGUGCAAUAUUGUGACACACUGUGUGUUUGCUACUGUAGUCUUUGUUCUGGCAGUGACAGUGUAAAAUAAAGAGAAAUAGUACGUAAAGUGCACAAUUUCCUCCACUAAAAUUAUUCAUCCUGAAAACCCUCCACAUUCGAUCAUUUUACAGUCAUUUGACACUUCAGUGCAGACAUUUACAGACACGUAGACGAAGAUGUUGUGCUGACUGAUGAGACGUCUCCUCGUCUUACAUGGAAAUGGAUUUUAAAUGGGUUUAAAGUCACCAUAAAAUUUUUAUGGAAUAUUGUGGCAGGGUUAUUAUCGUUAACUAAAAGUAAAACCAUAAAAACUGUUUUCCUUGAAGCAAAAUAAACAUUAACUGUAAUAAAAACCAUAUUUUAUUGUAUCAAGUUGCCUAAGAAACUAAAACUAAAUGAACUAAGACUAAUACAUAAACAUUAAUGCAAACUAUAGACAUAUUUAAAAGAAUAAUAAAUAUCAACAACAAAAAAAACUAUAAUAGUCAAUGAUCAAUGAUUUGAACAAAAUCAAGUUCUGUCCUUAUUCAAGAAGCCGUCUGACUCAGAUAUACGUCAAUGCAACUUCUGUUUUGUGCAGACUUUGAACAAAAAUGAAGUAAAAAUCACAGGAUCGCAAUCUGAAUGACUUGUUGGCGCAGUAAGAUGCACAAAAAUAUGUAAUGCCUAUAUAUGCAAAGUGCAUAUUUCACAGGUCAUGAUGGUGACCAGAAUAUAUCUAGGGAAACGUUUAAGACAUGAUGACCUGUAAAAUAUGUACAUUGUAUUUUACAAGUCUAAACAGAAUGGUUAAAAAGGGAAUUUAAAAAAAAUGUUUUACUUUAUUAGUUUGCUUAAAUUGUUAUUUUAAAAUGCAUGUACAAAAAUAAUAUUAGUUAUUAUAUUAUUUCUUCAUACCAUAGACAGUUAAUCAUAGUGACCAAACUUAGCACACAGAGUCAACUAAACUCAUAUAAACAGUGCUUUAAGUGGGCCGGUACGCACCUGUACUCAGUACCACCACUUCCAAAUAUAGCUCUUGAGCAUACCAACACCUCUCUGUGUGCCCAGAACGUUCUUUUAGCGUACCGGUACGUUCAUUUGGACAUCUGUUUUAAUAGAGGGUUUAAUCCUUUGCCUUCACUGCCGCUUUUCAGAGCGCCCUUCACAAUCCACUAUUCCUAAUUCUUCCUAGUUCCUAAUUCUUCCUAAUUCUUCCUAGUUCGGAGUAUGGAGCGUUGAAUCAUUUGAACCAGUUUGGGAGUUCGGCGCAGGAUCGCGAAUAAUUUGAGUCAGUUCAGGGGUUCGGAGUAGCUUCGCGGAUUAUUUGAAUCAGUUCGAGAAAUCGGAGCGGGUUCGCGAAUCAUUUGAGUCGGUUCGGGAGUUCGGAGUGGGUUCGCGAAUCAUUUGAGUCAGUUUGGGGAUCACAAAUCAUUUUAAUCAGUUUGGGAGUUCGGAGCUGCUCCGCGGAUCAUUUGAAUCAAUUCGAGAAUUCGGAGCGGGUUCGCGAAUCAUUGAGUCAGUUUGGGGAUUGCAAAUCAUUUGAAUCAAUUCGGGAGUUCAGAGCGGCUUCGCGGAUAAUUUGAAUCAAUUCGAAAGUUCGUAUAGGGUUCGCGAAUCAUUUAAAUCAGUUUGGGAGUUCGUAGCGGGUUCGCGAAUCAUUUGAGUCAGUUCUGGAGUUCAAAGCGGGUUUGCAAAUCAUUUGAGUCAGUUUAGGGAUCGCGAAUCAUUUGAAUCAGUUCGGGAGUUCGCUAUGGGAGUUCGUAGCGGGUUCGCGAAUCAUUUGAGUCAGUUCGGGAGUUCGGAGCAGGUUCGUGAAUCAUUUGAGUCAGUUUGGAAGUUUGAAUGCAGUAGCUCUUUCUAAGGGUAUUUUUUCAAAAUCCUUUUGCACAUUUUAUUUAUGUUCAGUUGUUCUUUCUAUCUCAAGCAAAUCCACAAACUAAUAAAAGUCUUAAUUUAUUAAGGUUGCCUGUUGACUGCUGUAGCCUAUAUAAAAGCCCUUCAGUAUAGUUGUUGUUACCUCAGGGGAUGAGGGGAAUCAUCCAAAAAAAAAACAGAAAAUAUUUUUGGCUAUAAUAGUACCGGCACCUCUUUUGGGCCACUUAAAGCACUGCAUAUAAACAUGUGAUUGUUAUAAAAAAUCAUGGUCUGGAUUUGCUAUCCAUAAACUGACUGUAUAUUAGAACUGUAAGAUUCAUCUUAUCUGUGUGAAAGUGUCUAAUAAAAGCUGUUAUUCAGAAAAGAGCCGGGUGUCUCAACACAUUUGGCUAUAUAGGCUGUGUAGUGCACUAGCAAGCUAGCUAGACAGGGUGCUUAAACUUCAUCAAUACAAAGAAAAUGGCUAUUUGUAGGUUAUAAAAUAUAUCUAUAUAUACUUACAUUCUUAAUUUUGGGUGUCUAAAAUCCAUUUAAUCCACAUAAUUGACUCAUUUUGUGCCUCUUCCUGCUAAGCAAGGUUAACUAAAGGUCCUUCCUCUGAUUGUAGAGAGAGCCAAUCACAGUUUAGCGUUUUGGAGUGACACCUGGAGUGGCCAAUCAGAUUGAGCUACAGCUACAUCCAUCUAAACACACCUAAUGAAUAUUUUUUUCUUCUUCUUUUUUUUUAUUAUACAUGUGUGUUCAGGUCCAUCUUCAUCAUAAUCAUCCUUAUGACAGCACAAUUAAUACUAAAGGGCUUAAAUGUAUUUUCUAAUCUAUUUAAAUGUAUGAAAUGAAUGAAAUCUCUAUUCUAGCGUUCAGUGUGGGUGUUCUCAGUUUCUAGAAACAUCCGUAUUUUUUUAACUUUUGUUAAAAAAUAGUGUUUGUGUGCAUGUUAUUGUUUGUUGUUAGUUUUAUGAAAGGAAAGCACAAGUGUGUGUGUGUGUGUGUGUGUGUGUGUGUGUGUGCGCGCUCUGCAGGCUCGUGACCCAGAGGUCAGCGCAGGAAAGUGCAUGUUCGCUCACACUGUGUUUAUAACGCGCCCCUGAAGCACCUCGAGCCUUUUGUGUGUUUCUAAUAUUCUAUGUAACUAUAUUGUGUGUUUGUUUGGUUUAUGAAUGCUGCCUGUGUGUGUGUGUGUGUGUGUGUGUGUGUGUGUGUGUGUGAGAGAGAGAGAGAGAAACUAAAAUCUAGCGUGGAACGGCUGCCAAAAACACACAAUGACCUAUCGAAACAAACGAAUAACACACACUGAAGCGCAGUCGUUAUCAACUCACUGAUGCUUUUCUAUAACGUUUUUUUUUUAUGUAAAUGAUAAAUGAUUAUAUAGAAGACGUACAAUAUUUCAGCGCUGAAGAAUCAAGCCAUACAUGGAUAUUAUUCGACUGAGACUCCAGACAGACAACAAGGAGAGCGAGGACUUUAUGGAAGCAAACUUCAAAGUUUAUUUAUUUUAAAAAAAAAUUUUUAAUUUUUGGUUUAUUUAUGACAAAGAGAUCUAAGAACCACGAACAUAUUUCACACAAGUACUCAAAGUCUCAUUCAGCUUACUGUGGAGGUGAAAAACCCCAUGCAGUCCUCAAGGCCAGGGGUUGAUAAAAUGUUUGUGUAAUCUGGCACACUUUUAGUGAUGUUCCAGAUGUUAUUCAUCAGGUAGCUGUGAUAAAACACAUUCAAAUUGUUGCUCCACCAUGGCAGUAGUUGAGACAAUUCUGUCAUAUUUUACAAAGCAAACACACACACACACACACAGUCAAGUUUGCAUAUUACAGCAUAGUUACUCCAGCAGUGGAAAGUUUGGACCCAACUAACUGAGAACGUUCUGGCAAAAGUUAUGUUCCAGUAACAUGAAUAGCAUGUUUAUCCAAAGUUAUCUGGUAUUUUACAAUGUGAUCAAAACAUUAUUUAUACAUCAUUCAUGGAACGCGUUUUCCUGAAAUGUUUGUUCAUCUAACAGUUUUUUUUUUAAAUGUUACUAGUUUUAGAACUUUCAAAAAGUAACAGUUUGCAAACUGAUUAAAUGGAACGUUCCCUUAACAUUUGUGAAACAUUUAAAAAACGGGAUGUUUUGAACAGGUUUUUCAUAACCUAAAUGGGAACGUUAACAAAACGUUGAUAAAACAUAUGUUUGUCAGUUGGGGAAUCAUUAGGAUUUUUGUUAAUUUUUAUUCUCUUCUGCUCAUCAAGGUUGCAUUGGUUUGAUUAAAAACAGGCUUACAUAAAACACAGUAGUAUUGUGAAAUAUUAUUAUGAUUUUAAAGAACUGUUUUAUAUUAUACGUGUAUAUUUUAUAAUUGAAUUCCUGUGAUGCACUACUCCAGUCUUCAAUUUUUCUUUUGUAAAAUGCUUUUGUUCAUUAAAGACGCAUUAAAUUGUUCAAAAGUGACAGCAAAGACAUUUAUAAUGUUAUAAAAGUUUUCUAUUUCAAACAACAGUUUCUAUUCAUCAAAGAAUCCUAAAAAAAUGAAUUGUAUCAUGGUUUCCACUAAAAUAUUCAGCAGCACGGCUGUUUUCAACAUCGAUAAUAAUCAGAAAUGUUUCUUGAGCAGUAAAUCAGUAUAUCAGAAUGAUUUCUGAAGAUCAUGUGACACUGAAGACUGGAGGAAUGAUGCUGAAAAUGUAUCUUUGAUCACAGAAAUAAAUUAAAUGUUUUACUAUGUGUGACCCUGGAGCACAGAUAUAUUUGUAGCAAUAGCCAAUGAUACAUUGUAUGGAUCAAAAUGAUACAUUUUUCUUUUAUGUCAAAGAUCAUUAGGAUAUUAAGUAAAGAUCAUGUUCCAUGAAGAUAUUUUGUGAAUAUCCUACCAUAAAUAAAUCUUUUUUUUUUUUUGCUCCCUCAGAUUCCAGAUUUUCAAAUAGAUGUAUCUCAGCCGAAUAUUGUCCUCCUCACAAACCAUGUAUCCAGCUUUCAGAUGAUGUAUGAAUCUCAAAACUUCAACAAAUUUAGGCUUAUGACUGGUUUUGUCCAGGGUCACAUACAGUAUAUUCCCACGUGAAACGCAUUUCAAAUUGAAACAACAACUCACACCUGCCGUGUAUUUUUUAUUAAUAAUACUCGUGUGGAGUAUGUUUCUGGUCUAAGGCAGUUGAUCCGAGCACAAUGGACUUGAACAGAACACAAGAGUCUCUCGACGUAACAUUACAUCUUAAAAAGGUAGCACUCCUGUCAAAAACAGUGAAGGGUGACACAGCAGCCAAAGACGGCCAUGUGUGUGUGUGUGUGUGUGUGUGUGUGGAGACCCUCCUGAAGCACAGAGACCUACCAAAACCUCUGAUAUCUGCUGACCCUGUAAAUACUUUCUUCUCAUCGCUGCUUCUGUUCACUGCGACUCGUGGCUUCCAUCAGUAGACGUGUGCUUUGUUAUCAGAUUAAUGUUUGUAUUAUACUAUAUAGUCUAUAUGUGUAGCACACAUGAUGUGUAAAUACAUGUGUUUAUUAAUGAAUAUGAAUGUUAUCGAUCUUAUCUUUAUUAGGGCAAUGGUGAGCGCUGAUGAAACAUGAGGUGUAUUAAUAAGAUUUGCUGUAUCGUGUGAUAUAUAUAUACUUUUGGAGAAGAGUUCUAGCAAAUAAAGCUGUAAUGAUGAAUUCCUCA